GAGGAGGAGGUGGAGGAGGAGGAGGAAGAUCGGGAGGAGGAGGAAGAAGAGGAAAAAAGAGAAAAAGAAGAAAUAUCACAAGAAAAAAAAAAACUCUUUGUUGUUUUGCCUGGUUUUUUUUUUUUUUUUCUCCUAAAAAUAACAUAUUGGAAAAUUGGGAGCAGUCUCCUUGGUUUGGAAAAAAAAAAAAAAAAGGAAUCUUCAGCCUAGAUCACUUUCUUAUCCGGACUGGGAUAUUAAAUAUACGACACAUCCAGGAGUUUAUUGGAGCGCAGACUGAUGGCGCAAAGGUACGAUGAGCUGCCCCACUACGGCGGGAUGGACGGAGUAGGGGUGCCCGCUUCCAUGUACGGAGACCCUCACGCGCCGCGGCCGAUCCCCCCGGUUCACCACCUGAACCACGGGCCGCCGCUCCACGCCACGCAGCACUACGGCGCACACGCCCCGCACCCCAAUGUCAUGCCCGCCAGCAUGGGAUCCGCUGUCAACGACGCCUUGAAGCGGGACAAGGACGCGAUCUAUGGGCACCCGUUGUUUCCUCUGUUAGCUCUGGUCUUUGAGAAGUGCGAGCUGGCGACCUGCACUCCCCGGGAACCCGGAGUGGCCGGCGGAGACGUCUGCUCCUCCGACUCCUUCAAUGAGGACAUCGCGGUCUUCGCCAAGCAGGUUCGCGCCGAAAAGCCACUUUUUUCCUCAAAUCCAGAGCUCGACAAUUUGAUGAUACAAGCAAUACAAGUACUAAGGUUUCAUCUUUUGGAGUUAGAAAAGGUCCACGAACUGUGUGAUAACUUCUGCCACCGGUACAUUAGCUGUUUGAAGGGGAAAAUGCCCAUUGACCUCGUCAUUGAUGAAAGAGACGGCAGCUCCAAGUCAGACCAUGAAGAACUUUCAGGCUCCUCCACAAAUCUCGCUGACCAUAACCCUUCGUCUUGGCGAGACCACGAUGAUGCAACCUCAACCCACUCAGCAGGCACCCCAGGACCCUCCAGUGGGGGCCACGCUUCCCAGAGUGGAGACAACAGCAGUGAACAAGGGGAUGGUUUAGACAACAGUGUAGCUUCACCUGGUACAGGUGACGACGAUGAUCCGGACAAGGACAAAAAACGCCAGAAGAAAAGAGGCAUUUUCCCCAAAGUAGCAACGAAUAUCAUGAGAGCAUGGCUCUUCCAGCAUCUCACACAUCCGUACCCUUCCGAAGAGCAGAAGAAACAGUUAGCGCAAGACACAGGACUUACAAUUCUCCAAGUAAACAACUGGUUUAUUAAUGCCAGAAGAAGAAUUGUACAGCCCAUGAUUGACCAGUCAAAUCGAGCAGGUUUUCUUCUUGAUCCUUCAGUGAGCCAAGGAGCAGCAUAUAGUCCAGAGGGUCAGCCCAUGGGGAGCUUUGUGCUGGAUGGUCAGCAACAUAUGGGAAUCCGGCCUGCAGGUUUGCAGAGCAUGCCAGGGGACUACGUUUCUCAGGGUGGUCCUAUGGGAAUGAGUAUGGCCCAGCCAAGUUACACUCCUCCCCAGAUGACCCCACACCCUACUCAAUUAAGACACGGACCCCCAAUGCAUUCAUAUUUGCCAAGCCAUCCCCACCACCCAGCCAUGAUGAUGCACGGAGGACCCCCUACCCACCCUGGAAUGACUAUGUCAGCACAGAGCCCCACAAUGUUAAAUUCUGUAGAUCCCAGUGUUGGCGGACAGGUCAUGGAUAUUCACGCCCAAUAGUAUAAGGGAACUCAAGGGAAAAAGGAAACACACGCAAAAACUAUUUUAAGACUUUCUGAACUUUGACCAGAUGUUGACACUUAAUAUGAAAUUCCAGACAGCUGUGAUUAUUUUUUACUUUUGUCAUUUUUCAUCAAGCGACAGAGGACCAAUGCGACAAGAACACAAAUGUGAAAUCGUGGGCUCACUGAGACAAUGCUGUCCAUGUAAAGAUCCUCUGGAAAAAGACUCCGAGAGUUAUAACUACUGUAGUAUAAACAUAGGAACUAAGUUAAACUUGUACAUUUUCUGUUGAUCACUCCGUUAUGUUGCCUCAAAUAGUUUUAGAAGAGAAAAAAAUAUAUAUACCCUUGUUUUCCACACUAUGUGUGUUGUUCCCAAAAGAAUGACUGUUUUGGUUCAUCAGUGAAUUCACUAUCCAGGAGAGACUGCGGUAUAUUUGAAACCUGUUGGGCCAAUGAGAAAAGAGCCACGCUGGAGACCACGAUGAACGUUUGGCUGAACCUCACCCCUUGGACUCCAGCUUCAAGAAUGUGUUUUCAUGCCCGGCCUUUGUUCCUCCAUAAAUGUGUCCUUUAGUUUCAAACAGAUCUUUAUAGUUUGUGCUUCAUAAGCCAACUCUUAUUAUUAUUUUGGGGGACUCUUCUUCAAAGAGCUUGCCAGCGAAGAUUUAAAGACAGAGCGAGAGCUUCUUCCAGGAGUUCUGAGCCUUGGCUGUGGACAAAACAAUCUUAAAUUGGGCAGCUUUCCUCAACACAAAAAAGUUAUUAAUGGUCAUCGCACCAAAACUAGGACUUUAUCAGAAACUCAAAGCUUGGGGGAUAAAAAGGAGCAAGAGAAUACUGUAACAAACUUCGUACAGAGUUCGGUCUAUUAAUUGUUUCAUGUUAGAUAUUCUAUGUGUUUACCUCAAUUGAAAAAAAAAAAAGAAUGUUUUUGCUAGUAUCAGAUCUGCUGUGGAAUUGGUAUUGUAUGUCCAUGAAUUCUUCUUUUCUCAGCACGUGUUCCUCACUAGAAGAAAAUGCUGUUACCUUUAAGCUUUGUCAAAUUUACAUUAAAAUACUUGUAUGAGGACUGUGACGUUAUGUUAAAAAAAAAAGGUGUUAAGUCACAAAAUGCGGUAAUAAAUAUUUCAUUUUUUGAUUUUU